AUAGAUUGAGGAAAACGAGCUUGAAUUGUUUCUAUUAUCGGUCUGCCUUUUGCUUGGCAGCUGAGUUUGUAUUCUCCAACACACGAUGUAACCUUGUUUUGUCUUUUGAGUAACUUUUUAAGUUGUCCUUGAAAUCAACAAGGGAAUGAUAAUGACUUUACAAUAACAUUUUGGAGUUCACUUUUGAAACUUGAUAUUAUUAUAUAUCUUUCCCUGACAAUAAAGUGCUACAUAAGAGACUAUUGGGAUUGCGGUACAUGUGGGAAGCAAGAAAUACGAAAAACUUAUGUUUAUUUGUUACCUUAGAUUGUGUGGUUGACUGCAGCGAAGGAAGGACACCGAAACUUUGAUUUCUGUACUUUGAAUUUCAUUUGCUCCUGCAGAUUUUCACUAGAAAUCAUUAGGGGAUUUUGUGCAGAUAUCUCUUUCAAACUUCGAUUGACACGGUCAUUACUUUCCUAAACCCCAUGCCCUAUUCUUCACUCUAAACCCUAAAACUCACUUCUUCCAAAUUAUGGGGUCAAUCUACAAGUUGCUACGAUUCAUUUCCAAAAGCCUUAGGAGGGUGUAUUCUAAACUGGCUAGAAAUGAAAGAAUUUUCGCUAAUUGGUUUCAACUAAUCUUCCUAGAAAUGAGGUAUUUUGAUGGCUGGUGAACCAGUUUGGUUUAUGUUCAAGUGAAAAAUCUUUUCGGUAGUUGGAGGUUUUCUUGUAGAGAAAUAAUUAAGUUCCUACUAAGCUUAAUUUUAUCUGAAGAUCCUCCUCAAGUUCUAAGGAUGUCAAAGUAUUAAGGGAUGAAGAGUAAGUACUAUUGUCAGAGGGGAGACUUGGUGCUGAAAUGCUAGAGGUUGGGACAUCCAUGGUCAUCUCCAGUAUAGUUGGAUUUGAGUCCAGAACUUCAAGCAAUCAAGUUUAUCAUGCAACGCUAUUGCUUUCCAUUCACUGCUGGAGGCUCUGGAGUUUCUCCGUGCUGCAUUAUUCUUAUUUAUGUGGGAUUAUUGUAGUUCUACUAAUUUUGAUGAAUCCUUCACUUGGAGUAAUGCUGAUUGGAGCUGUUCAACCUUUGUUGGAUUAUUUUGUUGCUGAUUUCGACUGGUCUGAAGCAGUAUAGAAGAAAGCAACAAUGUCAUGGAGUGUUUGCCUGGCUUGUUCAAGCCACUAGAUUUGUUUAAAAUAUUGGGUUCUUUGCUAAAUUUGUUACUCUCUGCAGGUUUUUAGGACUGCACCAGCUUUAACAUAAGAUACAGUUAAACCUGGAGAUGUCUUUUUCAAUGGACCAAGUUGAGAUUAAGCCUUCUGCAGCUGAAGGACUAGAGCUUAGCUGUCAGCAACAAAACGAAAACUGCAAAGUAUAUGAAGAAGAGGCUUGGGGGUCAUGCUCACCACAGUCAGCUCUAGGUUGUAUGGUCAAACAGGAAUCAAAUGAAGCAGAAGCAACUGAAUUGCUGGAUAAGGGGCUAAUGCAGUAUGGUUGCGCACAUUAUCGCAGAAGGUGCCGGAUCAGAGCUCCCUGUUGUGAUGAGAUCUUUGAUUGUCGCCACUGUCAUAAUGAGGCAAGGAAUAAUAUCAAUGUUGAUCAGAAGCUGAGACAUGACAUCCCACGCCGCCAAGUCAGUAAGGUCAUUUGCUCACUGUGUGGCACAGAACAAGAGGUCCAACAAGUCUGCAUUAACUGUGGUGUGUGUAUGGGGAAAUAUUUCUGCGAAUCCUGCAAGCUCUUUGACGAUGAUACAUCGAAGAGACAGUAUCAUUGUGACGGUUGUGGGAUCUGUAGGAUUGGAGGGCAGGAGAACUUCUUCCAUUGCCACAAGUGUGGUUGCUGCUAUUCAAUUCGUCUGAAAAACAGCCAUCCCUGUGUGGAAGGAGCGAUGCACCAUGACUGUCCUGUAUGCUUUGAGUUUCUGUUCGAGUCGAGACAGGAUGUAACUGUUUUGCCCUGUGGGCAUACAAUUCACACAAAUUGUUUGAAGGAGAUGAGGGACCAUUUCCAAUAUGCCUGCCCUCUGUGCUCCAAAUCGGUUUGUGACAUGUCAAAGGUCUGGGAGAAAUUCGACGAGGAGAUCGCAGCUACACCGAUGCCAGAACCGUAUCAAAAUAAAAUGGUUUCAAUCCUCUGCAAUGAUUGCGGCACAAAAUCUUUAGUUCGGUUUCACGUCUUGGCUCGGAAAUGUCCGAACUGCAAAUCGUACAAUACUCGGCAAACGCAGGGUUAAAGUGGCAAGAGUAGCAUUUGGAAAUGACUUGGAUGAUAUUUGUUUCUUAUUUGGUGCAUCAGCCAUGAGAAACCUCUGCAGGACUUAAUGGCACAACUAUUGGAGAAGAUUCGGUGUCCCUCGCGCUCGUUCUUUCGGGUUCUUUGGGAGUCGUUCGUGUAGCUGUAAUUUCAGAAUCGUUAAUGUAGUGCUCGUCUUUUCGUUUCUUUUCUAAAUGAACUCAUCUUGCCAAUUCUCGCCUAGACGAUAAAAGCAAACUUUCGGUUCUUGUUUA